UGUGGUCUGCAAUGUGUUCUUUAAAGGCAGCAUUGUUCUCUUGCUCUCUGUCCUCCCCUUGGAGAGGAGUUCCUGUUCCUGCUCCUGCCAUUCACUUUGUAGAAUCCUCACCUCCGUCCCUGUUUUGCUACUGCAUCAUGGGCUUCUUGUUUCCCACUGACAUCUUCCCCAGUGCUUAACCCAGAAGAUAUUUUCUUUCUCCAGGUCUUUCCACAUCUAUAGCACACUAUAAACGGGUGCAGGAGUGUUUUGAUUUUUCUGCAUUCAACUGUUUAAAAUAGUGCGCCGUUACAUGAACAGGCCAUGGAUGGAAGUGUAACUGAGACCCAGAUUACCCCGCGGGCGGCAGCGUUCCUGGGUAUCACUCCUGGUGUAUUUGUGCUGUUUCUGAUGACCCGCGCUGAAAAUGUUACUUGUGACGCUUGUUACUUUUGGGGAGUGAGCGCUAGCUGUUAAAACUUAGGAGGUUUUGAGUUGAACUACUGGAAGCUGGAGAGACGCCUGCGUUGGUAAUGGCAAAAUCAGUGCAGCAGCUUCAGCUGGCCGCACUCGUGGGUUUGCUGCUGGGGUGCUCUCCGUGCCGUGCGAGAGCGAGGAGGCCGUGGUCGGGAAGUCAGAGUCCCACAGCGAGUCCACCACAGCCUUCUGUCCAGAGGGCAAGCGGCAGAGAAGAGACAGGCAUUUCGUUGCCUAAGAUUUUGUUUUGGAGACGGUGGUCCCCUAAGUGCCCAGACGACCUCCCCGGGACGGGCGUGGCGGGGCGCCCGGGAGGCGGGAGGUGACAGCUUUGGCGGCCACCGCGCCGCUCAAAUAGCCAGCGCCGCCACCGGAGCGGAGCUGGCACGGCCGCCCGCCCCAUGGUGACGGCAGCGAGCGGGCAGCGCGGUGGCACUCCGGAGUGUCGGGGACCCGCUGGCUCCCCUGGGGGAUGCCCACGGCGCCCGGCACGGCGGCGGCGCCCGGGAACGGCGGCGGAGGAGAGCGCACAGGAGCUGCAGGCUUUCCGCGACUACGGGGAGAGCUGGUACCGCUCCCGCAAGGGGCUGGAGAGCCGCUUCCAGCCGCGGGAGCCUCUCGCCCGGCAGCCACAGGUGACGGCAGAGGCGCGCUGCAAGCUGAUCAGCUGGCUCAUCCCCGUGCACCGGCAUUUCGGGCUGUCUUUGGAGGCACUCUGCCUGGCCGUCAACAUCCUCGACCGCUUUCUCGCCACCACCCCUGUGGCCGCCGACUGCUUCCAGCUCCUGGGGGUAACAGCGUUGCUCAUCGCCUGCAAACAGGUGGAGGUGCACCCUCCUAGCGUGAAAGACCUCCUUGCCCUCUGCUGUGACGCCUUCACCCGCCAGCAGCUCCGCAACCUGGAGUGCAUCGUCCUGCAUCGCCUGGACUUCGACCUGGCGGCGCCCACCGUCAGCUUCUUCCUGGAGCACUUCAGCCAGCUGCGGCUGGAGACUCGAGGGGCCGACGCAGGGGAGGUGGCAGACGCCCGGAGCCUGGCGGCGGGAGUCGCAGAGCUCAGCCUGGCUGACUAUGCCUUCACCAAAUACGCGCCCUCUCUGCUGGCCGCCAGCAGCCUGGGGCUGGCGGACCGGCUCCUGCGCCACCGCAGCCCCCUGGACCUGCGAGUCAGCGGCUACCCGGAGGAGCUCCUGCGGGAUUGCAUGGACCAGCUUCAGCUCCUGGUGUCUCUGAACGGGCGGUCCCUGUCUCUCCUCCUGCCCUCGGAGGUGUCCCAGAAGUGCCCCUGGCUCGGGGGUGGCAGCUGACAGCGGGUGGUGGUGGUGACGGCUCUGGCUCGGCGUUUGUGCUCCACAGAGUCGGUGCAGUCUGAUCCACUAAGCCCUAGUGUCAUUGGAGCUUAAAAACUAGAUGGCGUUUUACAAACGAUUUUAUGUGUCAUUUCAUCUGCACUGUCCUUUUGCUAUAUUUUUUUAAGUCCAGCGUGUAAAUAAUUUACUGAAUCUCACCUACUGUGUUAUUUAAUUGGAGUGUGGUCCAUAAAGAUAACGGUGUAAGGACCAGCUGAAUCUUGAGUAAACUCUUUUCUACUUGUUACCUCUAUUCACUUGCUGGCGGUAUGCGGACACAGCUGGGAGAGGAAACACAUUGGCACUGUAACAAAUACACCCAGUUAACUCAAUCCCCCACAAAAUAAAGAUGUCCAAUAGUG